AUGGGUAACAUGCCAAAUAGACUUCAAGUUAUCAUCUGUGGAGGGGGCAUCGCUGGACUGGCAACUGCAUUGUUGCUUCGCGAAGACCACGAUAUCCUUGUGCUUGAGGCUUCAGCAUCAAAUCGCGAGAUCGGGGCCGCCAUUACACUCUCGAUGAAUGCCAGCAGGCUUUUGCUGUCGAGUUUCAGUCGAGCAGGACUUGACCCCAGCCUAGCACGCUAUGUUGAAGCCGAUAAGUUUCAGGAAUUGGACUGGAAAACCUUGGCUGUCCGCAAAGAGAUACCAAAUGCACCUCUCGUUGAGAAGUAUCAGGCUCCGUGGUGGUACUUUUCGCGGAAAGACAUCCAUGAUGAGUUAAAGCGCGCUGCUCUUUCACCGGACGGGCUCGGAAAGCCAGCUAGGCUGGAACUCGGAGCCAAGGUCGAACGAGUAGAUGUCUCUACUAGGACCGUCUAUCUUCAAGAUGGGCGAGAUUUCAAAGGGGAUGUCAUUGUUGGUGCCGACGGCAUUCGCACAAUGACUGGAGCUUCUGUCUUCGGGCCGCUUCCGUCCAUCUCCCACGGGUUCUCAGCGUACAGAUUCGUGAUCCCAAGCAAAGAGUUGCGCAGCGAUCCACAGACGGCUAGUAUUGUCGACUGCGCUAAAGUUCUCAUGAUCAUGCAUCCCGAGCGCCGGAUUGUGAUCUAUCCUUGUUCAAGUUGGGAGACCAUGAAUUUUGUAUGCAUAUUCCCCGACGACUUGGACAGGCGCCAUCAAUGGGAUGCGAGUGUCUCAUUGCGAGAGAUGGUGAAGGAAUUUGAGGACUUCCACCCAGCCGUCGUCAAAAUGCUCUCCAUGGCACAAGAAACCGGAUUGUGGCAAUUGCGAGACCGCGACCCCUUACCCACGCUUGUCAGAGGUCGUUUCUGCCUUAUUGGUGACGCUGCUCAUGCAAUGGGACCACAUCAAGGCCAAGGAGCAUGCCAAGCUCUAGAAGAUGCUGAGGCUCUUCGAAGUGUGCUGAAAGGUGCAGUCAUCGAGGACGUAGAAGAAAGGCUGCAGAUUUACGACGAGCUACGAGUGCCACGCGUCCGAAAAGUCAUCGAGAACACUCGAGCAAUGGCCCCAAGAAGGGCGGGUGACGGCAAGCCACAGACUGAUGCUGCAUUUUCAGCAGAGAUGUCCGAUUAUCAUUGGAGUUAUGAUAUAGCCAAGGAGGCUGCUGCAGCCAUGAACCGGCAUGGAAAUUUGGUAACGCCAUAA